CCAAAAUCGUACUAUGUCCGUUAGCGUACGCCAGUCUUCAAUUCUCUGCUGAAAUUUCGUGCUUUUAACAUGGAUUUAACGAAUAUACUGCAAAGCUUGACUCUUUCCGAAGCCGGCUCGUCUGGUAAUACUUCGAGUUCCAGCGAAACAGAAUCUCCUCGUCCUAAUAGUAAUGACAGUGGUCUGUCGCUCCCGCUUAUUAAUCCGCCAAAAGAGACUUGGUCGAAUGGCGUUGAUUUUCAAAUGGGCUUACAUGGAGCGAACCAGGUGAACGAUAUGCAAGAAAUGGCUAGAAGAGUACAAUCGACAAAGGCUUUAUUUCCUGAACAACCUGUUCUGAAUCAACCAUAUGCUUUGGCUGCCCAACAAGAUUUCAUGUCGAACGGUAUCGAAAGGGAAUUGGACCCAUUCGAUAGAAGAAUUGGCGCCAAAAAUUCGGCGAAGAGCAGAUUGACGAAUCUUUUGCCACCUGGUAUCGAGCCAACCCCUGAAAUGGCGCAAUUGGCGUUUAAAGCUUUCCUAUAUGAUAGAGAAAGGCAAAGAGUUGCUGCUGGCCUGACACCGAUAUCGAAAAGACGCAGCAAGAUCAAUUACUGCCGAUUUUGCAAGAAUAACGGUGAAGAGGAAUGGGUCUAUACAAAUCACGUCUUGAAGGACGAUGAAGGAAGGAUUACCUGUCCCAUUUUAUUCCACUACAGAUGUCCGCUAUGUCUACAAACCGGAGAGCGGGCCCAUACAAUCAGCCACUGCCCGUUCAAUCAAGGUCCUCAAGCCGCAGCUGCUGCUCUUGCGGCACAAAGACGUCUUGUCGCUCUACAGGCUGCCCAACAAGCUGCCCUUUUCCCUCAGAUUUUUUGAGCCGAAUUAGUCGACCAUCAGGAGAUUUUUAUUUUGUUUUUUUUUCAAAUCAUUUUUUACUUGGAAUGCCUUUUAUAAUGGAGAUGUUAUAGAUGUAAAAGCGCGUAAUAUUAAUUAAUUUACUUGUAAACUACUAGUCUGAAAGUAUAGUGAAAUUUGUGUUCGCAUGUAAUAUACUACAUACUUUGGUUUUUAAUUCGUAAUAUGACUGAUGCAUUAUGUCUUAACUUUGUGUGCUCUCUGCAAUUGUUCCUGCGUGUUUAAUUAUUUGAUGAAUUCUUGCGACAAGUCAUAUUACGUUUGCCGUAAUUGUAUAUAAAUGUAUUAUCAAGAAUGUAGAGGAUUUUAGCUUUUAUGAACUAUGCAUAUCUGGGAAACUUGAAUAUUUUAUAUGGUAUACGUCUCGAAGAAUGAAUGCGAAUGAUGAAUGAGACGAAUCUAUGUAUUUAUGUAUUUAUAACUAAAGUUUUCUGGCUAAUAUUAUAUUUUUGAAAUACAGUCUUAAGUGUUGUUG